CAUGACUGACAGUUCGACGAAUGAUAAAAGUUUAAAAAAUAUGCAAAAUAAACAUGUGAACAUCAUGGCAUUGCCCUGUAAAGUUUGGAGAUAAAUUAAAAAUAAGUUUUAAAUCUCCAGUGGUAAAUCAUGAUUAUUGCAUUGCAAGCUCUGAUAUUCUUUCGUGAAUCACUGUUGACCGCUAUAAAUCGUUUGCUUCGUCCAUAUUACAAGCACUUUUUGUCAUUGAACCGCGAUGAGAAUACCAGUGAUAAUGAAGACUUUGAGGACCACGUAUUUGCGGAGUUUGAUGAUGAGAAAGGCGUAGUAUUCUAUCCCCCCGUUUACGCACAAAGAUAUGCGGCUGUUAGUGAUUGCCUCAUGGAUGAGCGUUGGUGUGGUAAACUAGAAAAGGUUGUAGACCUUGGAUACCAUGAUAUAAGCUUCAUAAAGUACCUAAAAGAAGUGCCAGGUAUUAAAUGUAUACUUGGUGUGGAUAUUGAAAGCAUCCCCCUUCGCUGUUCAUCUGAUAUAUUUGCUAUUGAUGAAUAUUCACUAAAAAGAGAAAAACCUUUACAAGUAAUUCUCUUCCAAGGCAAUGCAGCAGAUCCAGAUUACAGGCUCAUUGGCUGUGAUGCUGUAGUGGCUAUAGAAAUGAUUGAACACAUGUUACCACAUGAUCUGGAAAGGCUCGUACACACUGUGUUUGGAUUUAUUAAACCUUGGAUUGCUGUGUUCACAACACCCAAUUCUGACUUCAAUGUGCUUUUUAAGGCUUUAGAAAAAAAUGGUCUUCGAAGGUUAGACCACUUCUUUGAAUGGUCAAGAGAGCAGUUUCAUGAUUGGUGCAGUAAUAUUGUGUCCCGUUAUCCACAAUAUACAGUAUCAUGCAAGGGAGUGGGCCCAGGACCUCCUGGUACAUUGCAUUAUGGUUGUUGUAGCCAGCUAGCAGUAUUCAUUUCCAAGGAGUACCACAAACAACAAGAUUUGAACUUGAAUAGUUUGGCUUUGGUUGCCAAUGCUCCCAAAUACAAUGAUGCAAGUGAUAUGAUUGGAACUUGGGAAUAUCCUGGAAGUCCCGAAUCUCAGACUAAAAAUAAAAUGCUAUGUUUACCAAAUAGUUCGGAAUCCAUCACUGAGCUGGUAUUCUCCGAGCAAUCAUGCAUAACUAUUUUGAUAUCACCAUCCUUCUCUAUGGCCUCACUCGAGUACCGCGAUAAGAUAUUACAGUGUAAUCUCGACUUCGAAGUGGGCAGGAAUUUCCUUAUGUUUGACGAUGAGAUGUACUUUAAUGUGUUGGUGCCCCGAAGAAAGUUGGCCAAUAGGGUUUAUGUGAUUGAGGAUGUAACAAGCAGAUUAAACUGCACAACCUUGCAAGUAAAGAAAUUCUCAAAAACUACACAGAAUAUGAUGUUAAAGAACAGGUUUGAUUCCAUUGUGCACACGAGACAGGUGGUAGAUGAGAUCCAGCAUUUGACAAAGAUGCUGAACUUUGAUAAGGAAUCCAUAAACAAGGAGCAUAAUGGCACAUGGUGUAAUAUUAACUGGGGUGACAAUGCACCAUAUUGGAAUCAAUAUUAUAAAGUAGUUAGAGAAUAUAACUAUCCAUUUGAGAAUAAAUCUGAAGAAUGCCGUAUCCUAGAUUUGAUAUCUGAAGAGAUGAACCGACUCAUUGAUAUACAAUAUGAUGAAGAGUGCUCUCUUGAUGUUAAUAAGUUCGAGAUACCAAUAGAUCAACUGAUGAGGGUCGUGGAACAUAUUACAGAUGAUGUUGAUAGAGUUAAAGACUUAUUGGAGUGGAACGGCUACGAGGUGGUUGGAGAUACCGUGAUCCACUCACGGAUUGUGGUCGACAGUGGUUCCGUACCCACUCACGAUGACGACUGGCAAGACAACGACACCUUUUCUGAUUGGGGAACUACUGAGGUACACUCCACUUCGUUGUCCGAUGGAAGUACUGUAGCUGCGGAUUAUCAUGGUUGGUGCUUGCGACGUGCUCUCGACCAUAAAGUGCGCAAGCUACGCUCAAUGUUGUCAGCUGACGAGGAUAUCGCCAGCGAGCUGGAUCGCGUCGUAUGCCGGCUCAUGAAGCUAGCCCUCUGCACGAGCCGCGGUCACCAGGCACCACCGCCGCCUCGAUGGAUGCAGUGCAAGCUGUUGGAUCUGCUUACACUCACUGAAAAGGCCAUAGAACGCAGGAAGAAGCACUUCAUUGACAAUUAUCCAUUAAAGGCCAUUGAUUACGACUACCAGAAAACUAAAACUGAGAAGAUGCUCACAUUAACGAAAUUUGUACAAGACGAUUCCGCGAAGGCAUUAAUGGACAAGUACCGUCACUUAGUUGAAUCUAACGAAGCGAAACGUAAAGAGCAGGAUGUAAACAAUUAUGUUUAUUUAAAUGACGACUUAAGUAUCACUAAUAAUGAAUAUUUAAAAGAAUUUGAUUUUGUUGAUGACUCGAUUAAUUCACCUUCUUUAGUAGAUAUAGCAUCUGUAGUAAACAGGUCUGUUAAUAAUAAAUUGUUUGCAACCUUUAAUAAAGAAGAAACUAAAUUGCAAAGAACACAAGCCUGGGUUGAUGAUGAUGUUGAAAUAGUUCCGUGUCCAAAUCACGAUACUGUUGUUGUUAUAAGCUCUGGUGGAGAUACAGAUCACAGUUUUCCCAAUACAGUUCGUUUCAAAGUGAAGAAACUACAUAAAAGACAAAAGAAAUAUAAUUUUAAAAAUAGUUAUGAGUCGAAUGGAAAAUGUAGCAAAGGGAUUGUCAGCAAUAAACAACAUAAACAAAAUAAAGAACGUAAAAACAAAAUUCGAGACAAAACUAAUAAAAUGAAGCUAACGAAGAAAGCACCUAAAGACAAAUCUAGUUAUAGAAAUUUGACCAAAAGUUACAAUAAUGAAGUAUUUUCUACAGACUUAAGUGGUUUUAAAACCAAAUCUAAAAGAAAAAUAAAAGAGCAUUCAAAAUUACAAUCUAAUAUUUCAAAACCAAUUCCAGGAAGUUUAGUAAAACUUUGUAACCCGGAAAGCACUAAAGAAAAAGAUAUGAGUGAGAUUCAGUAUUUGACUGUAGAUGAUAGAAGCAUUAGUCCGUUUAUUAUUAAUGACGAUAUUAUUUGUGAAAAUGUUAAGAUAUCAGCUACAGAAGAAAGUUUACUAAUAGAUAUAGUUAUGGAUAAUAUGGAGGAGACAAUAGCCUUACGUCGGACUAUAGGCUCUGACGCGGACGAAGCUUUGGUUAAUUUGGAGCGAGAUACCGUCCUCGGUAAUUUGGCAAAGGUUCUGAACGAUGACAACUCAUAUUAUAAACCUAAAGUUUUCACGGAAAAUAGUAAUUCGCAAACUAUAUUUUUGUAUGAUAUAAACGAACCCAGUACAUCUAAAGGUGUUCGUCACGUAAAUAUGGAUGUACAGUGUGGGCCUGAUACGACCGCACCUGUGUGCUCCAUGUCGUCUACAACUACAUCAUGUACAAGGAUUCCAAAAAUAUUUACAACGGGAAUAAAAAUAGAUGAUUCAACUACUAAUAUACCGACUCAGAACAGUUUCGGUUGCGGAACUUCGAUUUAUGAUUAUGAUGAUCAUUAUAGAACUAUCUCACCAACGACAAAGUCAAUCGGCAUUAAAAUUAAAAAUUCGGAUUUGAUAAUUAGCGAAAAAGUUGAGUGUGCAACUAUGACUAAUAACAUAAUUACCAAAAAUUUUCUUUGUACGGGAACAAAGUUGAUUAAGUGUAUGUCGAGUGGAUUAGACGAAGAAGAAUCAAUGUCCGAGUUCUACAAAAAAUUUGAUAGUUCAAAGAGCUGUUUUAAAAGUACGAGUGAAAUCCAUAUAAAAUCAUCUAUGAGCAAUAAAGUUAUAGCAGAUCAUAAAUAUUGUACUGGAUCCGUUCAGCCAAAGCUUUGUACUAGUGGUGUUCAUGUUCAUAGUUAUAGAGAUACACAAGUAUCUGAAGAUGUUAUUUAUCAAGGAAAAUGGCAAAGGUGUCGACCAAAAGUCUUAACUAAAAAGCGAAAUAUUUGUAAUAUAAUCACUGGUAAAAAAGUCAGUGGAACGUUAAAUUCUUUUAAGAAAAUUAAGACUGAUUCUAAAGAAAAAAUACAUGAUAAUGUGAUUAAAAGUAUGAUAGAUCGCAAGAAACCAAAAAAAGAGCUCGGGAAAUUAAAAUUGCCUGUGUCUAAUAACACAAUGAAAUAUAAUAAAAAUGUUAUUAAGAUUCCAUCGAAACUAACCUUCAAUUGUCCUUCUAAGAAUGUUAAAUCAGCUUUUAUGUAUAAAAUACAUACGCCAAUUAGCGCCAAGAAGGAAUCUGAAAACGUAACAAAAAAGAAAAUCUAUAUUCCAAAGUAUUUAAAAAGAAAUUUCAUUACUCAAAAUAAACUUGUUACUGAAACAAACCGCUUAAAACAAAGUAUAGAUAUUGUUAAUAAAGUGUUAAAAAACUAUAAAGAAAAACCUGUAGGACAAGUUACACCAUUAGUUCGGUCAAAAACUGAAGAUAUUAACAAAGAUUUGCUAAAAUUUACUGACAUGCCAAGAAACGACAUUAAUUAUAUUGUAUUUCGCAAUGAAAUAGAUACCAAAAAUGCUGAUUGUGAGUCUCCAUCUACUACAAAUAAAAAUAUCAAAAUGAAAGAUUCUGGAAACAAAAUAAAUCACAGUCCAAAAUCGCAAAAUAGUUCGACUUGUUCAUCUCCUAGCAGCAUAGCAACUGUUAGAGUUGCUUCAACCCGACCUAAUAUAUUUUCUAGUAGAAGAUAUUCUGUGUCAUCUAAUAAAAUCAAUUUAAGUAAUAGUGAAUCGGACAUGAACAUCCUCAAAAAUAAGAAGUAUAAGAAAAAGUAUAAAGCUGUUAAAAAAAUAGAACAUAAAGAUCUUGAUAAUAAGGAAAACAUCCCGGAGUCUUCUAUUGACUAUAAAAAAAUAAAUAAAGAAAAUACGAACAAAAGCGUGUAUAGAGCGCAGCUAAUGACUGAGAAGUUAUCUUUACAAAAUAUAGUUAAUAGUUUAUCAAAACAUAAAGCUCAAAGUCCAAAAAAACCAAAUGUUACUAUGAGGAAGUCUGAGGGAACUGGAAAUAAAUUAAUAAGUCCUUUUGUUUCCGAAAAAUCUUUAAAAUCUGAAUUGACUAAUAAUAAAGAAGAAGAAAUAAUUGCUGAUAAUGUAAUGACAACAUCAAAUUCAGUAGAUAGUUCUGAUACAAAAUUCAUUAGCCCUUCUGUUAAAACUUUUAGGACAAAUUACGAGGUUGAUUGCCCUAGCCAAGUCGUAACGAGAUAUAAUAGUAUUUUCUCCGAUAUGAGAAGAAUAAUCGAAGAAAGCCUUAAUUUUGAAAACAGAUACGUAAGUGCGUGCAAUGAUCCUAUGGAUUCCGAAGCAAUAAUUUUAAGAGGCGAAGAUAUUUAUAAUACGAGUUUGGUUGAAAGUUCCUCUCCAGCGAGUUUUAAAACUGUUAUUACUAACGAAGAUCUAAAUAUUUCUAUACAGAGUGAUUUAAAUAAUGUUACGUAUCAGACUUUUGAUUCGAUAUUGGAUGAAGCUUCAAUAAUAGCUGCAUCUGAUAUGGAAUUAACAGAUUUAGAUUUUCUUUCUUUCAAAUCUAUUACAUCUGCGUCAAAAAACUCCGAAUAUUUUUUGGCUGCCGAUGAAUUCGAUAAUACUCGAAAUCAAAAUGAAAGUUCUGUUCAAAAUAUAUUUGAGAGAAAAAAUCAGCUUGUAACCCAGAAUCCAGCUGGAGCUCUGAUUCUUCAAGCAUUUAGUGGAUUUUCUGUAAACGCCGAACCGGUAGCUGGUGACCGGCCAGAUCGUGUCAAUUUUAUUGAUUCAGAAACGGGAAGUAUUGCUUUGGAAGUAGCGAGACAAGUUGCGUCAGAGGAAGUAUUCAUAUCUGGCAGAUCGUCUGCCAGUUACGAAUCCUGUAUAAUCGACGAUGAAACUAUCCUUCCGUAUUGGCUCUUCCAUAUUAGUCAAGAAUCGGUAGACGACGAGGAACCAAUACAGCCUCCCCUAGAACAGCCAUUGGCUCUACCCGAGCCAAUGUUCGAUACGAACGGCAACGCGCUGCCUGGUGUGGGAGCAGGUGCGGGGGAUGGGCACGGUAUGCACAGCGACCUCUCGCAGGAUAGUUCUGAACAGGGCACUUCUCACAGUUCCACUGACACCUCGUCCGGAGUGCAGAGUGAGGUGAUUCUAAUAGAUCCGUCAGCUUUCACUGCACAGUUGGAAUUAUUACGAGGUACAACGGAAAAUUCAUUGGUGCCUAUUGUUCAGAUUCCAGCAGAAGAAAUGCCCGAUGUCUCUUUUGUGAUAAUUGAAGGUCGCGCAAGCGAUCCUGUAAAUUUAGACGAAGGCAGGAAUCCGGUGGUGUCGUUGCUAGCAGCCAGCGAUGUGGAAGCGGAUAUCAGUUCGUUCGACACUGACGUCCCGGACUCGUCGGACAACUGAUCCGCUCCAUGAUUGUGAGGUUAAAAAUUCUAGUGUAUAUUUUUGUUUACAUACAUGUUUGUUAUUGUAAAUACAUUACAUUUCUCACGUCCUAAUAAAUUAUUGUAUUUAUCUUUAAUAUUGUUUCGUUAAUAUGAUAUUAUACUUUCAUUACUG